AUGAAAGCAGUCAAACUCGACGUGGAUUUAGACAAGACGCUCAAAGAACUGGGUCAAUACGGACGGUAUCAGAAGCAGAACUAUUUCCUCAUACUCGUCGUUAUCAUUUUUAGUGCAGUGAACAACUCCCAAUACGUAUUUUGCGCAUCACAAGUUAAGGCCAGAUGCUUGUUAGAACAUCUUAAAGUGUUAGCCUCCCUUGAUAUGGUU